AAUGUCAGCCAUCACGUCAUUAUAUUUGUAGUCUCUUUAGUGUGUGUCAAGUAAAGUAAUGCAGCAAAAAUAAAGUCAAAAUAUUAAAAUUAUAAAAUUCCAAAUUUCAUCAAUUUAAUUAAAUCAAAUCGAAAUAAAAAUAUUACCAAAAUGGAAAAUAAUAUUCAAAUAAAUUUUUCAACCACACAAUGUAAUAGUACGAUUGCAAUUGAAUCUGAAAUUCAUUGCACCAAAAAUAACCAAAACAAUUAUUCUCCCGCUGAAAAGAACGACGCUGAAAAAAUAAAUGUUUCCACAACACCACAAAAAAACACAACAGUCGUCGUUGGAGUUGUCGAGGAAGAAAAUGCAAAUCCAAAUCCAAAUGAACAGGUAAAAAUAGUAGAAAAUUUUAUUGGACCAAUAGAUUCAACCAAUCAACAACAAUUGUUGGAAAAGAAUUGCUUUUCAACGGCAAUUGUUCCUGACGAACGCCAACAGCAAGUUGAUAAAGCUGCUGCUCCUCCUGGCGACGAUGAAGACGAUGACGACGAAGAUGAUGCAAAUUAUGAAACUGACGAAAGUGAUGAAAAUUCAUCCGACGAUUCGGAUUUCUCUGAUUUGAGUGGAUUAUCUGAAGUUUCUGGUCGAGAAUGGAAGCCAGUUGCUGCAACAAAACCCAUUAAUUGGGUGCAAAAGCAAAUACAUUCAGGUGCAAAUCCGAGAGAUUUGCUGUCACAGAUUUUGCCCAAUGGCGCCGCGGCUUCACAAAUUGCUCCCGGGUUGAAUGAUAUGACUUUGUGGCGUAUUUUAGCGAGUAUGUUGUCGGAACCGCCAAGACGACGUAAAUUGCGCACUGUAAACACUUUCGACGAUGUCAUUGAGUUGGUUAAAGCCUCCAAAAACAUAAUCGUUUUAACCGGAGCUGGGGUAUCCGUUUCUUGUGGAAUCCCAGAUUUCCGUUCGAGUGACGGAAUUUACAGUCGUUUGGCCAAAGAUUUCCCAGACCUUCCCGACCCGCAAGCAAUGUUUGAUAUCAAUUAUUUCUCUCGCGAUCCACGACCGUUUUAUAAAUUUGCUAGGGAAAUUUAUCCUGGGCAAUUUACACCGUCGCCUUGUCAUCGUUUUAUCAAAUUGUUGGAAGCAAAACAAAAACUUUUACGCAAUUAUACACAAAAUAUUGACACAUUAGAGCGAGUAGCAGGAAUUAACAAUGUAAUUGAAUGUCAUGGUUCAUUUUCGACUGCAAGUUGUACUAAAUGUAAAUUUAAGACAACUGCCGAUGCUAUACGUGAGGAUAUAUUUGCACAGCGGAUUCCAGUUUGUCCGAAAUGUCAACCAAAUGUUAUGCAUAGUUCAGAUGCUUCGGAUAGUGUUGCUGAGGGAGAUUUGAAGACGAUUGUGGAGAAUGGAAUUAUGAAGCCGGAUAUUGUUUUCUUUGGUGAAGGUCUUCCCGAGGAGUUCCACACAGUUAUGGCCAGUGAUAAAGAUAAGUGUGAUCUUCUCAUUGUAAUGGGCUCUUCUCUAAAAGUGCGCCCUGUCGCACUCAUACCCAGUUCGAUUCCAGCUAAUGUACCACAAAUUCUUAUCAAUCGCGAACAACUACGUCAUUUGGAAUUCGAUGUCGAAUUACUUGGCGAUUCAGAUGUUAUUAUCAAUCAAUUAUGUCACAAACUAUCCGAAGAUUGGACCGAUAUAUGUUUCGAUCAAACAAUCUUAUCCGAAGCAAAACACCUUGCACCGCACACAACAGUCGAAGAUGAAGCUGUUGUCAUAAGCAGUCUAGAUACCGAUACACAAUCAGUUAAAUCUUCCACAUCCACUGAUACGGCACUCCGUUCGACAGGCUACUCCGACUCAGGUUUUGAGAGUUCAACCUCAUCAAUGAUCCAACCGAUGGGUAGACCUGACGACAUGCCGCCAUCAUGCAGCAUGCCAACACGCGCUAACUUCUGUGACAUCCCCUUGUUCAAAGAACAAGAUGAUGUUGCUGCUAUAACCAAGAUUAAACAUGGAAUGCUUGAUCUAGAUAAUCGUGAGGAAGAAGGCUAUGAGCCGGGAAUUGAAGAUGAAGAAAGCGAAAGUUUCAGUUUCGAUGGACGGCUACAAAAGAAGCCAGUUAAUUACAACUACAGGCAUUUGUCUAUCGAUUCAUCCAAGGACAGUGGCAUUUGCGAUUCAUCAAAUUCAGUGUCUUGCGGAAUUGCAGGCAUAGGAAAUGGCAUUGCUGCUAGUGAAGUUGGCCGUGGCGCCGUAUGCGGAGGAGGAGCUUCUGCGAAAGAACAAAAUAACAUGGUAUCUUCAAUAGAUUGCAGCCCAUCAACCAGUAGUAAUAGAAGGAAUUCCAAUUGGACUCGCAACAAACGGUCGAAACGUCAAACUGCCGCUGAACGUUUAAUAGACGGAACCUUCUAUUGUCACGAAUCUACCUGUUCGUAUAUAUUUCCCGGUGCGCAAGUCAACUUGAGCUCAGAUUCAGAAGACUCGGAUGAGGCUGAUGAAGAUUUCGAGGAUGAAGAUCAAUUGUCGCCACUUAUGACGUCAGCCGAUGAUCUGCCCCCACCGGAAACACCUGUUAAACAACAACCAACAACCGCCAGAUCGAGUGUCAGCCCAUCACCUUCAUCGGUGAAGCGUGAAGCUAGCAAUGACACAAUCCUCGCAACUACUACGUCGUCAACGAUUGACAACGGCCCGCCUAUCAAAAAGAGACGAAAUCUUCUUGCUGGCAAUGUGAUUCCAGCUGAGUUACCUGCUGAGGUAGUAGUAGUGCCUCCGCAGAUAUAAGCCCCCGAUAACGCAUGUUUAAUGUUCUUCUUUUUUUAUAUAAUUAUUUUUUAUUAUUUAUAAAGGUUUCUUAUAUUUGUCUUUUAAUUAUUACUUUUUUUUUAAUUAAUUAAUUAAUCAAUCAGCCUUAAGUUUAUAAAUGCGGUGGCUUCGGGCAGGUUUGUUUUUUUCAUAUCCUCUCGAUUUAGGAAAAUUACAAAAAUAAAUCAAAAAUACUUAUGUUUAAACAAAAAAUAAAACAACAACAAGUAAACAAAAAAAACAGUGAAGUUUAUUAUUCUUAAAAAUUCUGUUCUGUUAUAUCAUUAAAAAAAAUAAGCUUUUUAAGAAAUAAAUAACAAAUAACGUUCAACAACAAUCUCUCUCAAUGUCUCUCUGCAGCUCCAAACAAAAAUUAAAAAAAAAAAAAACAGAUAAACAUAAAACAAAAAUAGCACAAAUCACAAAAAAUAUAUAUUUCAAAAACAGGAAGUAACAUUGAUCAGUUCAAGCAGGCUGGCUGCAACAAAAAAAUAAAAAAAAAUAU